AUAGAGUUUUUAGCGUGAGCAACAAGUGGCUGAUCUGCGAACUAUCUAGUAACCUUUCUGCAUUUACUACUAGCGGCCAUUCAUUACGCUGAGAAGAAGGGACUUCAUAUGAAGAUUAGAUGCUCAAGGGAUCUGGACUUCUCUCUGCAGAUCAAUGAGUAUAGAUGGCACGAAAAAGUUGUGUUUUGUGUCCUGAUAACUUGUGACCGGAGAGGGGAAUGCUUCGGAAAGAGGAACGCACGCAUUAAACACCCCCUAAAUUCGAGUGGCCAGUGUCAUGAAACUAAAUCCACAGCAAGCUCCGCUAUAUGGUGAGUGUCUUCUGACGGUGCAGCUGGGUGAUGAAGAGCGUUUGGAGGAUGAGGAGGAUGUGGAGUUCUACCUGCUUUUUGCUGGCACCACCCAGAGGCACCUGACCAGCACCUUGAGGAUCAGCCAUGUCACCCUACAGGCUGUGUGCCCAGCCCAUGACUGCUGUGAGUCGGUGCAGGUCACACUGUGCUCUGUGCGGUCUGGUGGCUCGGUGGACAAUGUGGCCGAGGAGCGCUUCCAGUUUGUCCAGGACCUGGCCUUCGACAUGGCCCAGUUCCUGGUGAGCGCUGCAGGGCGGGCCGACGGUCUGGAGGGGGCGCUGCUGCUGGAUGAGUGCCAGAUCCCCCUGCAGGAGUGUGAGCGACUGGACGAGAGCCUCUCCCUGGCCCUCAGACACCUGGCCUUGCCCCAGGGGUGGACCGUCCUGGGCACCAACGUAGGCACACCACCAGGUACCAACCUGGACAACAUUAUUGCUGAGCCCGGUCCACACGAGACCCUCUUGCACUUUGCGGCUCGGCGCGGUCUGCGGAGGGUGGCCCUGUUCCUGCUCCAGCAGCCAGGAGGCAGAGAGGCUCUCAGACAGCCCAACAAGCAGGGCUCUACACCAGUCAGCGUGGCAGAGAAGAGGGGCCACGACCAACUACAGCAGCUCUUCACUGAGGUUGAGACCUCGUCGGAGACCCAGAUAAAGACGGAAGAGAGGCAGUGUUACCCAGGAGGCCGAGUGCUGCAGCACCACCCCAAACUGAACACAUACACCCUGACGGUGGACACGUUGCUAGGGAAACCUCCGCCCAGCCUAAAGGGAGAGGUGGAGGAGCUACAGAAACUCAUACAGCGCCACAGAGACAAGAAGGAAGAUCAUGUGCUCCAGCAGCAGUCACCAUACGAGCUGAACACUACAGCAGGAUCCAGUGGCAUCAGCAACACAUCAGCACACUCAGCCACAGAGUCACAGCCCCCUCACAGCCAUGCCCAGCAGUGGAGGGAGGGCGAGACUCCAGCUUUCAGUGCACCAUCCUGUGGAGACCAGCAGGAGGAAGCUGAUAGAGAGAGGACAGGCGUAAUCACUGCCACGCAGGGCAGCAAGGCAGGGCGCUGUAAAAGGAACCAGGAAGAGAGAGAGAAGAGAAGAGCAGAGACUGAGACGUGCGAUAAGGCUGUUGCUGCUCCGACGAAGGCUUCACCAGCCAUGGGCCACGCACAGUCUCAGGAACACCCGGAACACACGGAAGCUAAGCAUCGGCCCCUGAGGACUACAGGCAGUAGCUGUGGGGACACGAGGGCUCAGAGGACUAUGGAAAGGCAGGGCGAGCCUGAGAACAUCCAGGAGAUGGAGUCUGGGGCUCCUGUGGAGAAUGGACAGCACGACGGACAUAGCGGUGAGGUUGAGGUGGAGUAUGCUGAGGCCACCUCUGAAUGUAUUCUUCAGACAAUGACGGGAGCUGUGAGCCGCCAUGAGGCACAGGCUGUAGAGUCACAGGACCCCGAACAAAGACAGGAAACCACUACAGCAGUGACAAGUUAUUCUGUGGAGCCCGAGUGGGCCGAUAACAGCAACCAGACCCGGGGGUCUGAGACUGAGAGAGGCGGUGAUCAGGGCGGUACAGACGAGAGAAAGACAGAGGCAGGAAACCCCAGCCAACAGACCAACGGUAGCACUGAGACAACCAGCAGCAGAAGUGGAGAGACUGACACAAACAGCAUGAAGCAGAGCCCCAUUAUGGCGGAUGGAGAGAGUGAGAGCAGCCAUUCACACGGACCAGGUAACGUUACAGCACACAAACCCAGUGAGCAGCAGGUCCUGGAUCAGCAAGUUAAGGACACAUUUGAGGUAGUGGCACCCCCACCACAGCCAAGGCAGGACCAGGACGGUGCCCACAGCCAGGGCCACGAGGCUGGGCAGGAAUGUGAGGAACAGCAGUCCACUGACUCAGCCAGCAGAACAGCUGAGGAUGGAGAGAGUGGAGAUACCAUGGGGCAAAAACACUGUGAUGUCACGGGCCACACAUCCUCUCGUGAUGAGGGGGAACUCAUCCAGUCGGUCGGCUGCUCCACAGACAAACUGUCUAAGGAGGGGACAGUCACAGGACAGGAGGCCCCUGGGAAGAAGGUGUGUGUACAGUGGGCAUCGUUAGAAGAGGCAGACUCUCUGGCGUGUAGAGAGGAAAUAGCAGCCACAGCAGUAGCAGUGGUGGCUGUAGCAGUAGCAACUGCUGUAGCAAACCUAGAACAAUGCAACUCCAACUCCAUGCUGGAGGUAGGCCAGGUACAGGAAGCUGCCGCUGAGAGCCAGAGUGAGCAUCAGACCGGACCCAAAGACACUGCACCAAGAUCAGGGGUCAUGGUGUCUGAGGCCACUGAGAACCUUAGCACCUCAGACAGGGGUCCGACUGUCUCAGCAGGUCCGUUAGAGGAGGAUGUGAUGGUCAAGAACCCCUCAAAGGGAGCGGAUGAGCCUCAUGUUAGACAGGGAGAGGAGAACAGUCAUCUGUCCAAUACCACACAUGGGAGUGAGAAUGGAGUGGAGGCCAGAUUACCAGGCCUGAGUCUGACCCAGGAAGAAAGUGUAGAAGCCAGCAGAGAGUGUGCAGACUCCCACUCACACACGUUGUUACAUGAUGAAAGGGCUGUGGACAGACAGAGUGCUGAGGUCAUAUCCUCCUCCUCCUCUAUCUCCCCAGAGAGAUCCUCAGAGCUGACACAUCAGGAGGUCAUCCCACAGAGCCCGGCCCCACCAGCCACACCAGCCACACCUGAACAUACACAUACACCCAGUGACUCGACCCUGACCACCCUUACACACCCAGACAGUGGUACAUCCCUGAGUCCAGAGCUGACUUCCCCCUUGGAGCUAGACAGUGGAACAGGCCUGGGUGACGAGCAGUACAGCUCCUCUGUGGAAGGAGUCAUUGGUGUGUCCUUUGGCCUACAGUCUUCAGACACACUGGAAAGCCUGGAUGGAGUGUGUGAGAGAACACUGGAUACUAAAGAGGAGCGUUCUGAAGCUUUAAAACAGUUUGACAAGCCUGUGAAAGACAAAGACACAGUCUGUCCAUCCCAGGGAGAAGAGAAGGGGAAGAAGGAAUCCCUCUCAGACACGACAGACUCUACACUGAUCCACAGAGAGAAGGAGACAUUCUACCCUGUCCAGCCCUGCACAGAUCCCACACUACAGGUGAAGACCACCAUCCCAGAAUGCACAGAAUUCCAAGUAUCCCCAUGCUCUGAGAGUGUUGGAGGCUCUGUGUCGACCACUGGUGCCCUGCAGGACUCAGUCAGUGAUGUGGACAGUCUGGGAGAGGACAGUAUCUUCAGAAAGGGAGAGGAGGCUGUGACUGGGCCAAGGGAUAGCACCAGCGGUGUGUCGGUGUCCUUCUCCUCCAUAGACGACGUGACCAGUGUGGGUCCCCUCAGCGCCAGCUCCCAGUGCAGUGUGGGUCCUCUCAGUGUCUCCUCCCAGGGCAGAGUGGGCUCUCCUUGGGCUGGGGCGGGGGCAGGGGUGUUGAGCACUAGGGCCAGUUGGAGUGCUGGAGACGCCUGGCAGAUGACAGUUGGGGGGGUAGAGGAGGAGGAGAGGAAAGACAAGCUGACAGAGGGGCCUGUAGGCUCCGCCAUCCUACGCUCCUCUAUCCGCUCGCUCUCUCCGUUCCGCCGGCACAGCUGGGGCCCGGGGAAGAAUCCUGCAGGAGAGACAGACAUGAACCAACGCAGUUCAUUGCAAGGUCAAGGGGAAGGGAAGCCUCGAAAGCCAACAUUUCAUAGGAGAAGUAUGAGCUGGUGUCCCUCCAACGUCCCCCCUCCCCACCCGGAACAGAUUGAUAGCAGAAGUUACAGUUUGGAGGGUCUGGCUGGAGAGGAGGAUACUGGGAAGGUCUCCUCUGGUGUGGGGACCGUUGCACGUCUGGACAGUGAGGAGAGGGGCUCGCUUCUGUCCCUAACAGAGGAGCAGGAGUCAGACCUGGGAGACUGCAGCAGCCUCUACAGCCAGAAAUCAGGAAGAGUUCUGCCUAUGAGACACAGCUGUCCCUCCAUUCCUUACCAAGCGCUCACCAAGUCGGUGUCCAUGCUGGCCAUCAGUCACAGAGACCUGGACGGAAUGGGAUCAUUCUCCAGUACCUCGGCAUCACUAGAGCACAGCAUCUCUGAGGAGGACCCGGGGCCACUGCGGAGCGACACUGAGGGAAGACAGGGGACCAAGGUCAGCCGCACCUUCAGUUAUCUCAAGAGCAAGAUGAGUACUAAGAAGAACAAGGAGAAGGAGAAGGCUCAGGGGAAGGAAAAAGACCCCAAGGAGAAGGAGAAAAAAAACCUGAACGGUCAUCUCUUCAGCUCUGUGAACCCAGCCCCAUCCACAACCUGCCACCAAUGCAACAAACCCAUUAUCACUAAAGAAGCCUUCCUCUGCACCAACUGCAAUGCACAGGUCCAUAAGGGCUGCAGAGAGAGUCUUCCUGUCUGUGUCAAGGUCAAAAUGAAGCAGCAGAAGCAGCAAACAGUGCCAGAUCCUGCGUCCGUAUCCGGAGUCAUGUUGAGAAGUAAAUCUACAUCGUCUCGGGAGCGUCCGUGGUCGGCCACCUCGUCCACUGAUGACCAGGCCAUGGUUACGGUGGCGGCGGUGGUGCCUCGCAGGAAUCCCAGCAUCCUCCCCUUCAACAAAAGCAACCUGUCCAAGAGCAUCUCCAUCAGCAACAUCGCAGGGCCAUUGAUGGAUGAGAUGCCACUGAAGGGCCUGAAGUACCUGUCCCAGUCUACAGACUCACUGCACAAGACCUCCAAGGUCAAUGAGUCCACUGAGUCUCUCACUGAUGAAGGGACUGAGAUGAUGGACAGCCAGCUGAUGGGAGAGUUUGAGGCAGAGUCUAAGGAUCUGGAGGCAGACUCCUGGACCUUCACUGUGGAUAAGAAGUAUGUGAAGGGGCUCAAGAAGGAGGUGGUCAAGAGACAGGACGUCAUCUAUGAGCUGGUCCAGACAGAGAUGCACCACGUACGGACGCUGAGGAUCAUGUCUGAGGUGUACAGUAAGAGCCUGCAGAAGGAGUUGCAGCUGGAGGCCCUGACGGUGGAGCGGAUGUUCCCCAUGCUGGACGAACUCCUGGAUCUACACACACACUUCUUCACACACCUCCUGGAGCGCAAGAGGGAGUCCUCAAUCGAGGGUCGGGAUGACGGGAGCUUCCUCAUCCACAAGAUAGGAGACGUCCUUGUCUCACAGUUCUCAGGGCCCAAUGCGGACCGCAUGAAGAAAGUCUACGGGAAAUUCUGCAGUCACCACAACGAGGCGGUCAACUUUUAUAAGGAGCUUCACACCAAAGACAAACGCUUCCAAGCCUUCAUCAAGAAAAAGAUGAGCAGCACAAUAGUCCGAAGACUAGGCAUCCCAGAGUGCAUCUUAUUAGUGACACAGCGAAUAACCAAGUACCCCGUGUUACUACAGAGGAUACUGCAUCACACCAAAGAGAAUGAGGAGGAUCAUGAGGAUAUAACCCAGGCUCUGAGACUGGUGAAGGAGAUUCUAAAUGCGGUGGACAACAAGGUGAACGAACAUGACAAGAAGAAAAGGUUGAAAGAGGUGUACAGUCGUACGGACAGCAAGUCCAUUCAGAGGAUGAAGAGUGGCCAGAUGUUUGCACGGGAAGACCUGUUGAGAGGCAGGAGGCUGCUGCAUGAUGGACCACUGCAGCUCAAGAACUCUGCAGGCAGACUAAAGGAUGUCCAGGCCAUGCUGCUGUCUGACGUGUUUGUGUUCCUCCAGGAGAAAGACCAGAAAUAUGUCUUUGCCUCACUGGACCAGCGGUCCACGGUGAUCUCCCUGCAGAAGCUGAUUGUGCGUGAGGUGGCUAAUGAGGAGAGGGGUCUGUUCCUGAUCACAGCGGGGAUAGAGAAGCCAGAGAUGGUGGAGGUGCUGGCCAGCACCAAGGAGGAACGCAACACCUGGAUGCAGCUGAUACAGGACGCCAUGCACUCCAUAGAGAAGGAUGAUGAUGAGGGAAUCCCCAGUGAGACCGAGGAAGACAAGAGACUGCUGGAGACCAAAGCACGGGAGAUUAGAGAGCUGCUGAGGAAGAAGGAUGAGCAGAUCGUGAGUCUAUUGGAGGAGAAGGUGAAGGUGUUCAGGGACAUGUGUGAGGGUGGCAGCGGCCCAGCGGAGGAGACCAGCCCAACCCAGUCUAUCAGGACCAGAAUGCUGUUUAGAGCCUCUCCAGACGACAUCACCAAGGGAGAGCCCAUCAUGAAGGAUGCCCUGAGGGAAGUGGAGACUCUCCAUGUGCUGGUGAAUGGCGGUCUGGGUGGGGCCGUGGGGCAGCAGGUGUCCAGUACCCAAGAUGCAUCAGGGGGCAGUGUGGGGCCGGUGUGUCUGCCUCGCCGCGCUGAGACCUUCGGAGGCUUUGACAGCCACCAGAUGAACAUCUCCAAGAACGGAGAGAAAGAAGAGGGGGAUGACACAUUAGACCUUCGGAGGACUGAGUCCGACAGUGUGUUAAAGAAGGGGGGCAACAACAACCUACUGCUGCUGCUCAAGAGGAACAGUGAGCAGGUCCUCCACAGUGUCACACACCUCCAUGACCUCCUCAACACACUGCAGGCGGUGGUGGUGCAGCAGGACACCUUCAUUGAGGACCAGCGUCAUGCUCUGGCUGAGCGGCCAGCCUCCCGCCACUCCUCCACCUCCUCCCUGUCCUCCUCCUCCUCUCGGCCCAACUCCCUGAUCGAGCAGGAGAAGCAGCGCAGCCUGGAGAAGCAGAGGCAGGAGGUGGCCAACCUGCAGCGCCAGCAGGCGGCCCACGCUGACGAGAGGAGGAGGAGGGAGAGGGAGUGGGAGGUGAGGGAGUCGGGGCUGGGCGACAGGGAGGCGCAGGUGAAGGAGCAAGAGGAGGAGACGGUGAAGAGGCGCAGGCAGAUGGAGGAGGAGAGGCAGGAGCUGCAGAGGAGGAAGGAGGAGUACCAGAGGGAUCUGGAGAGGCUGAGGGACACCCAAAGGAAGCUGGACAGAGACAGGGAGACGCUGCAUAGGGAGGCUGAGAUGGUGGAGCAGAUAAAGAAAGCUGAGGCAGAGCAGGCACACAGGAUACAGCGGACGCCCUCCACCACCUCAGAGGAGUCCAUGAAGUUCCAGAGCUCCACCUCUCUGGAUAGAGAGCCUGGAGGAGGGGAGGCAGAGCUGUCCUCCUCCCCCGCCACCAAAGACCCCUUCCUCAGGAUGGGCUCUAAGAGGAAAGGGAAGAACCUGAACCCAUUCUCCUCCUUGUCCUCUUCCUCCAACGCCAGCUCCAAGGCCCAGAGCAGCACAGAGGGCCAGAACCAAAUCCCUAACCGCCUGAUGCAGCUGGCCAAGACCAAGGACAAGAAGGAGAAGAAGAAGAAGAAAGGGAAGGGCCAAUCACAGCCAGAUCCCCAGAACACUGGGGUCACAGAGCCUCAGGGCGACGGAGAGAUCUUCUUCUGCUGAUCCCUCUGUCCUCCACUAUCCCACAAUGCCCCACACUCACUGCAUCAACUGACUGCCAGACCAUAUAGUAGUGUGGCCAGAUAGACAUGCACCCCAUUGACAUACUGUACCCUACCCACUGACCUGGACCUGGAGGGGUCGGUCAUGGCCAUGGACAGGAAGUACAGCUAGAGCACUUCCUGUGAACUUAUUACGGAACCAUGCAGACACUUCCCACUUAGUUGCCACUCUGAAUUGUCUAGGUGUGACUUUUGGAUGAUGAUAGUUCGGAUUUGAUUAUGUGGUGAAGCUGCAAGUCUGCUAUGGAUUGGCAUGCAUGGGUUGGUUGCCUUGGUGUUUGAUAGUGUUCAGAUAUGAUUUGAACAGUUUCAGAAAUUCUAUCAUGGCUAGAAUAAGUUUUAUCAUUCAUGAAGUAUACAGUAGAUGACAUUAGUUUUCUUUGUGAAGGGAAGAUUUAACAGAGCAGGUGCCGUAGGGGAGUGACUGUAGAAUGUUCUGCAUUUCACAAAUUCAAUUAUACCCUAAUAGCCAAUAUGACAAAAGAGAGCAUACACCCUAUUCAACAAUUCCAGGUGAGUGAGUAAAGCUUAUGUAGUAGUGUUUCUUGUAAUACUUCUAAAGGUAUUGCUUAACACUAGGCCCCAUAAUGCUUUGUUCCCGCCUGUAAGGAACUAGAUCCUCAUUUCACCCAUCAACGCUACAAAAGAAGUUGUAAAGAAAGGCAACUGCAGGUUAGAGAAGACAUGACGAGAGAGAGAGAGAGAGGGGAGAGGGGAGAG